GUCUGAUUGUACCACGACAUCUCGCUGCCAGCUCAUCCCGCGCGCAGCCUGAAUCUCUCGUCACCUGCUCUGUUCUCGCGCUUUGGAUCUGAAUCAUCGUCUUCACGCCGACAAUGUCAUCCCCAAGUCUCGAGUGACCAUAGUCAGUCCUUCGCACACCAUCACACCGACUGCACCGCCUGAUCAGCUUGUUGCACGAAAAUGGCUGCGAUGAUGGAACAUUCAGGCGGGUUUCCAGGCUCCUAUCUGCCCGAGAACAAGAUUUCACUCCACUGUGCGCGAUUCAAAGCCUCUCCGUUUCUGCCACCCUCCGAAAGCAAUCCUACUCCCGACUCUUCGUCUGCCUGGUCGCAACCACGGGCCUUGAGACCACUAGCGACGGGAAACGGCCUUCACACACCAGACGACGAUCAACUACACAGCCGCAAGCGACCGCGGCUAGACACAAAAUCCGUCUGCGAUGACUCCUACACCACAUCAGAGACCGCCUUCUGGCGAGAAGCCCUCAGCCCUCCACCACUCGUCAACACCAACUACCGUAUCGCAGGUGGCUUGGAUACGCCUACCGCCCUAGACAUCCAGAAAGAAGAGGACGCCCACGAGUUCGACUAUGAGAUCGACUGCAGACCGAACAGGUACAACAGCCAAAAUCCAUUCCCGCCUUCCACGUCAUACUGUCCGCAGACACCAGCCCCAGAUCGGUCCCGAAGAAAUAAACGGAGGUUGUCGCCUCCGGCGCCACCGAUGAAGAGCUGGGGAAAGACAGUAUGGGCUUUGACCGGUGGGUUGGCAGGUAAAGUCUUCAAUUUCUGUUGGAACACUACCUUCAAGGGCUUUUACGCCGGCGGGGGCAACGGUUACCAGUUCGACAUUGGACCCGCGGACGUGGGAUCGUCUAGCAUUUGGACGGAAGUCGAUUCCAAAAGUGAUUUGUUCCGUAAUAAUGACACUGUUGGCGACUCGAGACGAUUUGACCGAGAGCGGACCCCGGUUCCAGGUGGAUUCCCUGGAGACACUCCCGAAUUCAUCGAGGACUACAUGUCUAGACUGUCUGUUCAACCCAGGCAGGAGAACAAUGUAACCCCGACCAUCAUACCAGAUCAAGAUUCUCCAUCAAUCUCCCGCUACAACAGCUGGGUAGUCGUUGAUGAUGCCAACCCCCUGUCGCCCUCAACGGAAUCUAGUCCUGUCCGCAAGAAAUCGCGAGCAAGCACGGCAAAUCUUCAUGCAUCCCGCCCGUCGUCGGCUCCCCGACACUCAAGUCACCCUGUAUCUCGUCCUCGCUUAACACCUCGAUCAUCGACGACAAGGUCGUCAGCUUCAUAUGCGUCGCCGCGGGUAUCAAUGUGCGCCAGCACCAGCACCAUCGGCUCAGCACAGCAGCAAUCGUGGAUCUCUAUUCCCGCACCUUCCACCAUCGACCAGCACCACAAUUCAGACAAACCUUCAAAGCGCCCAAGUGGUAUUUCCAGCGUCCACAGAGCCUCGCUCUCCACCUCUCGGCGGCUGUCAUCUGCUUCAGUCACCACAUCACCGAAGCAGUCUCCCGAGAUCCGCAAAUUCGAACAGAAACUUCGUCGGAAAGAAGCCAAGCAAGAUGCCACGAUGAAUCGUUUUAACAUGCAAUUGCAAGCGAUGAUAAAGGAAGGGCAGGCAGCUUUGGGGAGUCGGAUUGAGGUUGAAGUUGAAGAUUACCAGAAUAACGGGGAUGUGGAUGAGGGAUACUUCGACGACGGGCUGCUCGAUAGAGAUGCGUUGAAGGAGUCGAGGGACUGGGACAGAGGCGAUGGAAGGACAACCUCUGGUCUAGGAGCUUGGUCGUAGUGCGAUUCGCUUCUGGAAGCCAAGUGGGAGGUCGAGAUCCAAGAUGGCUACGAGACAGAGUGCGAGGACUGGUGCGAGAUCUCGGCUGCUGGAUCGGUCUAGAUUCAUUGGAGAGUCGGAACGUUGUGCGACUGCAACGCCAAGGUCGAGAGAUGUUGUGAGCAAGAGUCUUGCCCGACGAGAACCCUCGAAACCAGCCAGACGGAGAACUGACAGGUGCACGGGCAGCUCACAACAUUCCGGGGUGUUUGCGGAGCGAAGGGAGGCAGAGAGGUCAGUCCCUGCCCCUUUCGCUUUUCUUGUUCAUAUUGCCUUCAGUGCCAUCUCUUUUCCUUUCUUGAGACGUGUCAGACAUGAUACCCCCAACGAUAAAUCCCCAAUUGAACGAUUUCCACAUUUUGUGUGCA